ACACACUACCCCCCCCCCCCACCCCACCCCCUCCCCUCCCCUCUCUGUCUCCUCACCGAGCUAUCGACAGCGAUGAGGGAGUGAAUUCAGGAAACCAGGAGUGAAGCUCAAGCAGGAGGGAAGGGAAGGGCAGGGAUUCAGUCUUGUGAAUCUACAGUGCACCACUUCUGAGGCAUAAGAUCCUUUCCUGUAGAGGAAGACCAAAAUUCUGCACGGUACUCCAGGCUGUGGACAUUUGAACCCAACCAUGGCACAGACACUGCAGCUGGAGAUUCCCAACUUUGGGAACACAUUACUGGAGUGCCUGAAUGAACAGAGACUGCAGGGCCUCUACUGCGACACUUCCAUCAUGGUGAAGGGGCAGACGUUCAAGGCCCACCGGGCCGUGCUGGCCGCCAACAGCUCCUACUUCCGGGACCUCUUCGCUGGGACUACACGGGCAGCCUUCGAACUGCCGGCAGCCGUGCAACCCCAGAGCUUCCAGAACAUUCUCAACUUCUGUUACACAGGGCGGUUGUCCAUGAAGGCAGGCGAGCAGUUCAUGCUGAUGUACACAGCGGGGUUCCUGCAGAUCCAACGCAUCGUGGAGAGGGGCACUGAGCUCCUGUCCAAGGUCAGCUCGCCCAGGUGUGACUCCCAGGGGCUGAGUGCUGAAGAACCUGGCUGGGAGCCUCAGAGCUCGGCCCCGCCCCUACCCCUGGCCCUUCCUCUCCCGCUCCCGUCCCGUGUCAAAGUGGAGCAGAGCGACGUGGGCUGUGGCCGGGGCAGGCGGGCCGCCGAGGGGUCCACAGCAAGCAGCGCCAAGUCAGCCCGCCUGGCGCACGAGGGAGGGAGCGGGCAAGGCUGCCCUGUCAAUGCACCGCGGGACAUCGCCAGCCCUGGAGCCAGCAGCCUUCACCCCAGUGACAGCCCCUUCUCCUGUCAGAAUGACGAGGAGGAGGAGGCCGAAGAGGAGGGACUGGAGGACAUGACGGAGGAACAGUAUGUUCAGAUGUGCAGCAUGUACAACAUCAUGAGCGUCCCACAUGGAGCAACUCCGGAGCGGGUGGAAGCCUUGCCUGAUCACAUUGAUGGGCGUUCCAGGAUGAGGAUCCGGCACGACCUGGCAGUGCUGCCGGCUGACCUCAUCAGUCAGAUUGGACACCGCUGCCACCCCAAGCUGUACGUGGAGGGAGACCCUUCGGAGAAACUCGAGCUAGUGACAGGUACAAGUGUGUACAUCACACGGGCUCAGUUGAUGAAUUGUCACAUCUGUGCAGGAACAAGGCACAAAGUGUUGCUUCGGAGGUUGUUGGCCGCAUUUUUUGACCGGAAUACUCUGGCUAACAGCUGUGGCACUGGAAUUCGUUCCUCCCUCUGCGAUCCUAGUCGGAAGCCGCUUGAUAGCCGGAUCCUCAAUGCCAUCAAAGUUUACUGUCAGAAUUUUGCUCCGAACUUCAAGGAGAGUGAGAUGAAUGCCAUCGCUGCAGACAUGUGCACCAAUGCCCGGAGGGUGGUCCGCAAACACUGGAUCCCCAAGCUCAAGCUGAUGCUCGCAGAAGGAGAUGGCGUCUAUCGCUCGGUCAUCACUGACGUGGCUGGCGGAGGCUUGCCAGAUGGAGCAUCUGGGAACCAGGACAUGGAGCUGCCGGGCACUGGGCACAGGCAUGAAGCCGGUGGGAUGCGAGCCACUGGCACUGGUCACAGAUACGAGACGGGUUUCCCAGACGCUUUAGAUGACUCUGGGAGUGGGAUUGUAGAGGCUCCAAACUAAAAGGUCCCAAUUGUCACACCCCCCUCCCCCCAAGAGAAACCCACGGCGUAGGGCGUAGGGAGUCUGUCAUGUUGUAGGGUUCUGUGUUUGGCCUCUUUAUUUGAUGGGUGUUAGUGGUGAUGGACUGAGAACUGGAGAUUCAGUCUGUGCAGUGUCAGUGAAGGAGACCAUCACACCAUUAACCCAUUCACUGCUGGGCACUCGUGUACUGGUUUGGAUAUAACUGCCUAGAAAUUGGGUAUCACCUUUUUUUUGGUGUGGUAAACCAGUGUUGUGUGUCCCUGCAAAGCACCAUGAGAUUAUCCAGCGUCAUUUGCAACAGCCUGGGAUGGUUUACGCCUGGAGACGGGGCUAAAACAGGACCUGUGUGGUUUCCAAUGGGACCGGGCUCUUGGUUGACCACAGCUUCUGACAAUUUACUGAGCACCAAUCAGAGAAGGACAGCUGCUCCUACAGGCACAGUCCCCAUGGCAGCUGGACCCUAUGGCUGCUGUGAAGAUGGAGGCUGCGGGGGAGACCCCCUACAGUUAGUGGAAGAGAGCUGGAUGUUGUCACCAGUGCGGGGAGGGAGGCCCUGUGUGUGGGGAUGUGAGGGCCAGGAGUCCCCCACAGAGACCACCAAAGGGAGGAGAUGGCUCCAGCUGUCCUGGCUGUGAGAACCCCCACCCAGUCAGACAAAACACAAAUAAGAUUUACGCCAUGAGAACCAUCAGGGUGAGCUGCCCACCAGUUGUAGUGGGUCGUGUCACUGGGCAGGGAUUCAUCCAUUGACGUUGGGUUUCAGUGCAGGUGGUCUGGAGAGGAGGAAGGUGAGGGCUUAUUGUGCCAUCUGGGCUCCCCUGGCCAAUGACGGGUGGACUGUGUUGGCGUUAAUGAUUGGAGUGUGUGCACUUUAUCUGGAGCGGGGACUGAUUCUGUAGGCUCUUCUUGAAAACCUUCCCUCGAUGAGGGAGUCCAUAUUGCCCAUGCAGUCACUGUCCCACAAUGUUGUCUGCUGGGAGCGGAGGGUGGCACUGUUCCACGGGGACUUGCCCUGGUGGACUUCCUUGUCCUCAUGAUCCUGCUGUGUGGCAAACAGCACUGAAGUAUCCGCAGCUGCUGGGCUUGAACUGCAGGGAUCCCCCUGCAAAUGUGGGCAUUGAAAUCUCAUUUUCAGAAGACCUGGCAUUUUCUACAAUGAUCCUGGUAUUUGUGUGGAUCUUGUUGUAGUGAAACAGGGCAGCAGUCGAGGGACUGUGUAUUGGUGUGAGGAGCUAGGGUAGUUCUAGUCUCCCAGCAAUGGCCAGAGGGGUGGACUCUGGAUGAAGGCAUCACCUGUGCUUCCCAGAAAUAGGGUGUUGGGCACUAGGAGCCACCCAUCAUCGGCUGCUCCUGCUUCUGUUUAUGUUAAAUGUCAGUGUCUGAGAUUCCAGCUUCUUCUCACUGAAAUCGAAGCUGAGGAAAUCACCAUCUCCAUGUGAAGGCAGUGCCUGGGUGAUCUCUCCAGCAGAUGGAGACAUGGCUGUGGUUUACUGUGGGAAUAAGUUCAGAGUCAACAUUACCUUGAUCUCCACAGAGGGAGCAGUCCAGGCACGAGAGGGGCCAAGGAUCAUCUCGCGGAGUGUGGUGUGUCCCAGUGACGAUCCUUGGGGAUAACCUGAGCCUGUGAACGCACUGCCCCUCAGAGAAGUCCAGGCAGCAGGUAGCUUCACGACUCCUGCCCCGAAACCCCUGAUACAGCGUCAACACCGAGACCCCCACUGGGUGAGGAACUCAGCAGCUCUGUGCUGGAGAAAGCACUCACCGUGUUACAGCACACACUGGGGGCUUUGGGAGGUGUUUGAGCAGCUUGUCGUGUUCUGAAGCUUCCAGUCUGAGCCCUUGAUGUCAGUGGAGUGUACCUUUAAAUAGUGAGGAGAUCAGCAGAUGAGUGCCGUGUGCUCUGAAUUGUACUACGACAUAAAUACGGGCUUAUUUUAAAACCCGUAAGUUGUAUCCUACAGCUCCAGUUAUUCAGGUAAGGGUGGAAAUGGGUUUUCUUGAAUAGUGGUUUUAUUAAGUAUAAAAUGACCACAAUCUAAUCUGGAUUAAAUCACACAAUGUACACAUAAAAAGGUGCUAAUUAACCAAUUUCUAGGCAUGUGUGUUUGGAGAGACUGCCCCAAAUGUAGAUAAAGAAUAAGAAUGACUUGCAUUUAUAUCAGCCUUUCAUUUCCUACAGAUCUUCCAAAGCAAUACGAUUAAAAUGUGGUCACUGUAGGAUGAAAAAGGGCAACAGUUGCACCAGUAUGUCUCAGUGAACCGCAGUGUGAUAUUGUCCAGAUAAUCUGAAAUACUGGUCAGAAAACCAUAAAAAUCUUCCCUGCUCUUCUUUAAAAAAUGUAAUGGGAUCUUUUACAACCACUUGAGAUGACAGAUGGGGGCCCCGUGAUGAUGUAGCACUUCUUCACUACAGGAUUGUAAAACUGAAUUAUGUGUCCAGGUCUUGGAGGAAUUAUGAUAGAAGCAAGAAUGUUAUCCAUUACCCACCACUAAGGUGUUGACAAGACCAAGCACACAGUCUUUAAUUUCUUCGUUAUUCUUAAAGACUGAGAGCAUGGAAAUAGGCCCUUCAGCCCACUGCAUCUGUACCAACCAUCCAGCACCCAGUUAGAUCACUACACUAAUUCAAAUUUUUCUUUUUGCAUCCCCAUCAACUCUCCAAUUCUCCUGCUACCCACCUAGGGGUAAUUUACAGUGGCCAAUUAACCUCCCAACCAGCACAUCUUUGGCAUGUGGGACGAAACUAGCGUAAUCGGGGGAAACCCAUGCACUCACAGGGAGAACGUGCCAAUUAGGCCACACCUAGAGUACUGCAUGCAGUUCUGCUCACCACACUAGAGGAAGGAUGUGAUUGUGCUGGAGAGGGUGCAGAGGAGAUUCACCAGGGUGUUGUUUGGAUUGAAAGAAUUUAGUUAUGGGGAGAGAAUGACUAGGCUGGGUUUGUUUUCUCUGGAGCGACAGGCUUGAGGGGUGACCCAAAAAUAGAAGUAUAUAAGAAUCUUUCUGUAUCAAAAACAAAACAACAUAGGCUUAUGUUGAGAGAAAGGAGUUUCAAGGGGGAUCUGAAGAGCAGGUUUUCUCCCCCACAGGGAGCGGUUUGUAUCUGGAACUUGUUGCCAGAGGAGGUGGUGGAAUCAGAUACAAUUACUCCCUUUAAGAGAUAUUUAGGCAGACACUUAACUGGGCAAGGCACGGAGGGAUGCCGUCCUAAAGCAGGCCAGUGGGCUCAGUGUAAAUGGGCAAAAAGUUUGGCAACAUCUGUGAUACCACAACACUGGAAGUCAGGAUUGAACCUGGGUCACUGGAGCUGUGAAGCAGCAGUACUAACCGCAGUGCCAGUGUGCUGCCCAGACACUUCACCAAUACCUUUGAUUCAGUUUGGUCACAGUCCUGGGUUAAAGUUUUGACAAUGCGCCCAUUAGUGUCCAGGCAUCUAAAAAAAAAUCCAUUUUUAGAGCCUCAUCAAAUGGCCACAAGCCAGGCUAUUUAAUAAAAAUCCCCUUAAUUGUUGAUUAAUGAUUAAUUUGGUAUGGGAGGAAGGCCAGUCUUGUGGAUCAUUAUAUUGCAAACAGUUGCAUAAUCUCCAUAUGACUGGGUUUUAAAUUCCUUGAUCUGGUGUGGCAGAGUUGUAGAAGUAGAAGGGAACCUCUAUCCCUGUGCCCUUCCCUAGUGGGAGAGUCUUAGUGCUGUUACAGACAGGUAGGGUUAGGGUUAAGCAGGAAGCUGCAAUGCUGUAGGCCAUACUAAGCCUUGCCUGUUCCGGUGAUCCCAGCAUCCCCAUAACACCAUUGGAAGAAUGGAAGGGAUUUUACUUGUGUCCUGGUGGAGAUUCCUCCUUCAUGCAAGACAAUUAUCUUGUUUUCACAGGGUAUCUUUCACUUUCAUAUCUGUAUUGACCAUGACCACACUUGAAGCUGAUCAAUGUAUGAGGACUGUGGAGAUGUUUGAGUAAUGUUAUAAGGCACCAUGGAAAUGCAAGUCUGUCUUUCAAAUUAUUAUACAUGUAAUGUCUUUUGAAAUGGAGCGAAUGAUGAACUUAUUUUAAUGUUCUAUAAAAAAAAAAUCAACCACCUGAAUUUUUCUGACCAGCCCCUUAUCUGUUACCCAGUUUCUCGCCAUCCUUCUGGCUGAAGGUCACAGCUUUUGAGCUGGUCCUAUCUCUUCCCACCUUUCUGAAAUAGUAAACAAAUAUAUUGGCUGCAAGGCAAACCCAACCUGAAAAUGUGAUGACUCUAGGUAAGAGGAGACAAAAUCCUCAAAUGUUUGGGAGGAGUAGAAGAGGCAGGAGUGGGAAUAAUGUAAGGUUGGAGUUUGCUUGGCAGAGAAUGAGUUGGCAUUAAUCGCUGAGGCUCACUACCUUGGUCAAAUUCUCCACUAACGUCAUAGGUACAAGUGUACAUUGAAACAUCCCUGCCUUCCUGUUUGAAAUGCUUCUGGUAACUAUUGCAUGCAGACAAAAUCCCGGGCUUGGGGCAAGAUACUUGUAGAUUGGAAUGGUGUUUGCUCCUUAUGUCCAUGAAUCAGCAGUGAAAGUGUAUUUGUGAUUUGGCAAUUAGGAAUGUAAAGUGUAUUUUGGAUCUCCAUUGCUAAUGACAUGAAAAAAAAUUGUAGGUUAUGUGAUUGGGAACAUUUUGUCGAAGGGUUUGGCUGCAAGACAUGAAUCAUGUUCCUUUUAUGUACGGCCAAUCUAGCAUGUAGGAGUAGCUCUGAUGGACCCUUUGAAUAUUGUACCAGUUUCCAGUGGCCUUACUAACACACAAUGGGACACCAGCCUGUUUGAGGUCCUGGUCUGCAAUGAAAUGACCUGCUAAUUGUUGGUGUGAUACUGUAUCUUGUGGUGCUCCCAUUGGUGUUUGUUGUAUGUAUUAUUUUAAAUGAAUAACAUGUAUGAAUACAAAUGUA